AUGAGCUCAUUUUCCCUAAUCAGAUCGCUGGUCCCACGUUUAGGGGCCCGCUACUCGUCGCAUGCUACCGUCAGACAAAAGACGUUGACAGACAUCAGAAAAUUGUAUAAAGCGAAGGAACCUCUGGCCGCGAUCACCGCACACGACUACAUCACCGGUCGGAUAGCAGACUCGAGCGAGAAAUUAGAUAUAGUUCUAAUUGGCGACUCUUUGGCCAUGGUUUCCAAAGGCUAUGCCUCCACGCUGGAAAUUCCGUUUGACGACUACUAUUACACGUGCAAGUCCGUUCUCCGAGGGGUCAAUCAGAAGUUUGUCAUAGCUGAUCUGCCCUUCGGAUCGUUCGAGGCCAGUGUCUCGCAAUGCGUAGAAUCCGCAGUCAAGCUCAUGAAAUUGGGGAAGAUCGGCUCGCUCAAGAUCGAGGGCGGGUACGAGCACGGCGAGCAAAUAAAACGUCUCAUAGAGAUCGGGAUACCCGUGACGGGUCACAUAGGAUUGAAACCUCAACAGUUCAAUGCUGUUGGUGGCUACAGGGUGCAGGGGAAAAAAGCGCGGGAUGCCGCAAAUAUCAUAAAGGAAGCAAAAUAUCUCAGAGACAUUGGCUGCUCUAUGCUUCUUCUAGAGUGUAUCCCGCACAAGGUUGCGCAGUAUCUAACUGAGAAGCUGGAUAUUCCAACGAUUGGCAUUGGUUGCGGCCCAGGAACCUCGGCGCAGAUUCUGGUGCAGGCGGAUCUUCUUGGCAUGCUGGACUCUCCCACCGCCAAAUUCGUCCAGAAAUACAUGGACUUCCAUUCUGAGGCCGUCAACGCAGUCGACCGCUACGUGGGGGACGUCAAAACGGGCAGUUUUCCAAGCAUAGAGACUCACUCGUACCCAAUUAAAGAGGAAGAGUUCGAGGCAAUGGAAAAAAUCCUGCAACGGGACCACUAG